AUGAGCCUAGACUCCCUAUUCCAGCACAUUCUCCUGGCGGAGCAAAAAUCAGAGGAGAAGAGGCGCCUCAUGCACCAAGUUAAACAGGAAAUAACCUUAAGCCAUGAAAAAGUGAAACAAGCAACAGAACAACUGGAUGAAGCAAAAAGAAAAUUAGAAGCUGAGAUUCAGGUGCUAUCCGAAAAGAUCAUUGACUUGGAACUCUUGAAAAAACGGGAAGAGAGUAUGGAAAAACAGAAAGCUGAACUUCUAAAUCAAAACUGCAUUCUGCUUAAAACCUUGAUGGAUUCAAAGAAAAAAAUGGCCAUUGAGGAAGAGACAUUUUUGAAGGAAAUUACUGACUUCAACAAUGAAUAUGGCCUAACAUCCACUCGGGAGCUUUUAAUUAAAAAACGAGUCAAAGCUGAAAUAUGUGACUUAGAAGAAAGAGAAAAUGUUUUGAGAAAUGAAAUUGAGUCAAUGGAACAUGAAAAUAUUCAAUUAAAAAUAUUUCAGCUGCAGAAAAAUGAAUUAAAACAGGAUGUAUCUGUUCUCCAGAAGAAACUCAAAGAUUUUGAUGAAGAAAUAAGAGAAGCUAAAGCCAUCACAAAAUGUUUAGAAGCAGAAAAAAUCAAAAUCAGUGAAAAACCUCAAACCGAUGCUGAAUAUGUAAGGCUUAAAAAGGAAUUGGAGAGUUACCAAGAAGACAAAAUGGAAAAUGUCUAUGAAGCUCUUCAAACGGAAAUUGAAUUUCUGCAGAUGAAACUGUUGCAAAAAAAUCUUCAGUCAAAUAAAUAA